AUGCAGAUGCUACGCGGCGAGGAGCACCCGGACACCAUCUCAGCCAUGGCCAACCUCGCCAUCACGCUGGGCGAUCAAGGCAAGCUGGCGGAGGCGGCCGAGAUGAAAUCGGAGGUUCUUGACAAGAGGAGGCGGAUCCUAGGCGAGGAGCACCCGGACACCAUCUCAGCCAUAGCCAACCUCGCCAACACGCUGGGCGAUCAAGGCAAGCUGGCGGAGGCGGCCGAGAUGAGAUCGGAGGUUCUUGACAAGAGGAGGCGGAUCCUGGGCGAGGAGCACCCGGACACCAUCUCAGCCAUGAACAACCUCGCUGCUACGCUAGGCGAUCAAGGCAAGCUUGACGAUGCUGCUUCUCUUUCGAAAAUCGCCUACAUGCAGAUGAUCGAAGUUUGA